UAUUAAAAAAAACCAAAAAGCAAUCAGCAAAAGUCACUGCAAUAAUUAUUUUUUAAUUUUCAGUGUGUCUUUACUGGAAGUUGUAAAUAGAUUAAUAAUAAAAAUUCAAAGAAACCUAAAUUUUAAAUCUUAUAGUAAUAGACAAGAUGAUGUGACUAUCGAUUGUGUAAAAAAAGUGAUGAUUGAAUAUACAGUGCGUGCCUAGUGAAACAAAAAGCAAUCGUCGCGUUCUAUACUACCCAACGCCAUUUUGAGGCGAAUUUUUGUAUUGUAAGUGCCAGGUAUUUCGCAAUCUUUUAAAUUUCGGCAGCAAAAGGGAGUGUUUUGUGAAAUAUAAAUUGAUUAAUGCACGGAGAAAAUUGGUGGGCGGUGACCCAGCACAACUUGGUGACAAGUCGUACCGAACCUACAUGUCCUGAGAUAGCGGUUGCCGAGGAUGGCCCUAGGCGGCAAAAGCGUUCUUAUUAACUGACGGACACUGCCGGCUCACAGCUGCCGCAAUCUAUAAAAAUGCCUCGACCAGGCAGUCUCAAAGACCCUGACAUAGCAGAAUUAUUCAGUAGACAUGAUCCUGAGAAGAUCUUUGAAGAUCUACGAGAAAUUGGCCAUGGAUCCUUUGGUGCAGUGUACUAUGCUCGCUGCAAUCUCACUAAAGAGAUUGUUGCCAUUAAAAAGAUGUCUUAUUUGGGAAAACAAAGUGAAGAAAAAUGGCAAGAUAUUCUAAAAGAGAUUAAAUUUCUUAAGCAAUUGGAGCAUCCUAAUACAAUUGAAUACAAGGGCUGUUACAAGAGGGAGCAUACAGCAUGGCUAGUGAUGGAGUACUGUGUUGGCUCAGCUUCUGACAUUAUUGAGGUGCACAAGCGACCACUACGCGAAGAAGAAAUAGCUGCAAUAUGUGAGGGUGUAGUAUGUGGUUUAUCUUACUUACACAGCCUCGGUCGAAUACAUCGUGACAUCAAAGCGGGAAAUAUUCUUCUUACGGAGAAUGGAACUGUAAAGCUCGCUGACUUCGGAAGCGCCAGCAUUAAAUGCCCGGCCAAUAGUUUUGUAGGCACGCCCUACUGGAUGGCCCCAGAAGUCAUUUUAGCCAUGGACGAGGGGCAGUAUGAUGGAAAAGUGGAUGUAUGGUCACUCGGUAUAACAUGUAUCGAGUUGGCGGAGAGAAAACCGCCAUAUUUUAACAUGAACGCGAUGUCAGCACUUUAUCACAUUGCGCAGAAUGACUCCCCUGCUCUGUCGGCCCCGGAAUGGACGGACACAUUCCGCUACUUCGUCGAGGCGUGUCUUCAAAAGAAUGCCCAAGACAGGCCAUCUUCCACCAGGCUUCUUUCGCAUCCCUAUAUUACGAGGCCACGUUCACCAACUGUCCUGGUUGACUUGAUACAAAGGACAAAAGCCGCUGUAAGAGAUUUGGAUAACCUGAACUACCGCAAGAUGAAGAAGAUUCUCAUGGUCGAUGGGGAUAAUGAGAGUGCAAUUGGAGACAGCGAAGAAGCGCCAGAGGAGCCAUCGGGUGGUGAUAGUUCCAAGUCAAACUCUGCUACAUCAGAACAUAGUGCGGCAGGAGCUUCCAGCCAAAGCUCAUCUUCCGGUAGUCUUAGAAGAAGACCUCACGCUAUGAACGCGAAUCAUCAGAAUCAACAACAGCCUGUGUAUCAGCAAUAUAAUCACCAACCAUGUCAUCAAUCGAGAGCACGUACAAUCGCACGCAAACGCGCACGUAAAUGGUAUAAUUCAUGUUGGUGUGUACGCAGAGACGAUUCGGCCGACGACUACGUGAAUCGCGAAGUGCUUCGAGACUACGCUAAUCGCGAUUCACUCGGCGAUGAGGGGUAUAGCGAUGACUACGCGAAUAGAGAGGCUAUUAGGGAAGCCCAACGCGAGAGGGAGAGGGAGAGGCAGGCCAACGAGUAUCGGGAGUACGUGAACGCUCCGUCCACGUGGCACGACGCGGGAGAUGAUAACCGCAACACGCAGCGGCGGCAGACGCAUAGGGGAGUUAGUAAUAACGUGUCUGCGGCAAUAUCGUUGAUAUCGGAACACGGCGCAAACAACUUCGCAACGAUACGGACUACCAGUAUUGUUACCAAACAACAGAAGGAACAUAAUCAGGAGAUGCAUGAACAAAUGUCAGGCUACAAGCGCAUGCGUCGUGAGCAUCAAGCUGCUCUCUUGAAGCUCGAAGAGCGAUGCAAGGCAGAUGUUGACGCUCACAAGGCUCAACUUGACCGGGAAUAUGAUGCCUUGUUACAACAGCUCUCUAGAGAUCUAGAAAGAUUGCAGACUAAACACGUUCAAGAACUCGAGCGUAAGCAAAAACAGAACGCGGCUGCUGAGAAGAAAUUGGUAAAAGAUAUCACGGCGCGGCAGGAGCAAGACAAGAAGGCCUUCGAAGCGCAACGCAAAAAGGAGUACAAGGCCAACAAGGAGAGGUGGAAAAAGGAACUCAGCAUGGAUGACGCGACGCCUAAGAGACAGCGGGAUGCGACCUUACAAUCGCAGAAGGAUAACAUGAAGCAAGCAGAAGCUGCCGAUGAAGCCCGGAUGGUGCGCUCUCAGCGGGAGUACCUCGAACUGGAGCUUCGUCGGUACAAGCGUAGGCGCAUGCUGGCUUUGCACCAUAAGGAGCAGGAACUGCUUAGAGAGGAACUAAAUAAGCGCCAACAUCAGCUAGAGCAAGCGCACGCAAUGCUUCUACGUCACCAUGAGAAGACGCAAGAGUUGGAAUAUAGGCAACAAAAGGGUGUUCAUGCUUUGAGAGAGGAACAGUUAUCAAACCAACACGCAACGGAACUUGCAAACCAGCGUGAUUACAUGCAGCGAGCGGAACAUGAACUACGCAAGAAGCAUGCGCUGCAGCUCAAACAACAGCCCAAGAGUCUUAAGCAAAAAGAAAUGCAGAUCCGAAAGCAAUUCCGAGAGACAUGCAAAAUACAGACGCGUCAGUACAAAGCUCUCAAGGCGCAGAUAUUACAGACGACGCCAAAGGAACAACAGAAAGAAGUGAUUAAAUCCCUGAAAGACGAGAAACGACGCAAGCUGGUGUUGUUGGGGGAGCAGUACGACCAGAGUAUUAGUGAGAUGCUGCAAAAGCAGACGGUGCGACUCGAUGAGAGCCAAAUGAUGGAGUGUCAGCAGCUCAAGAUGCAGCUUGAGCAUGAGUUAGACAUGUUGAGUGCUUACCAGAGUAAGAGCAAGAUGCAGGCAGAAGCACAACGCAACAGGGAGAGACGGGAACUCGAGGAGAGAGUCGCUGUGAGACGCGCCUUGUUGGAGCAAAAGAUGGAGUCUGAGUGUGCGCAGUUCCUAGCAGAGCGCGGUGAGCGCACGCGCAUGUUGCACGAGCGACACGAGAGGGAACUUGAACAGUUUGACAGUGAGAGCGCUCGUCUUGGCUUCAGUGCAAUGGCAAUAGCAGAAGGCAGCCGAGAGGGUUACGGUGAAGAAGAGCAGUCUCUUUCGGGUUCGAUGCUCUCCCUCGCACACAGCAACUCUUCAGCCAGCUUCCCGGCCGGAUCGCUGUAAACUGAGACUGUUACACCCUUUAGAUAGAUAAUACUUGCCUCUAGCUUCAGAAUUCCCAAAUCCUAACAGUGGGAAUUCACCGGAUAACCUAUAAAUGCGAAAGUUAAACUUUUAGCUUAAACUAGACUAUAUUCGGAAUCUUGAAAGACAUAAUCGUAGAAGUCGUAGCUCAAGUUUUUAAUAUUCAAAGGGAGUCUUUUGUCUCAAAUUCCUUUCGCAUUUCGUUCCGUUGCUACACAACCAUACAGGGUUAUAACGGUAUUAUUAACUAUAACUAUAAGUCCAACGGUACAUUUUCGAUUCCAAUUAACAACUUACGGCAGGUAAGUUCUGUUGGUUGGAAAUAAAGCUUUUGUUGUAAGCCCUCCCGUUCCUCAAAUAUUGAAGGGUAGUAAACAUUAUUUGUAGUUUAAAUACUAUGUUGAACGAUUUUUAAAACUCGAUAGUAUGUCAUAAUAUGUUAUAAUUCCCAUCUAUGCUCUAAUUUUAAAAUAAAGAUUAUCUAUAAUAUUUACACACGUAAAGAGAUAACUCUUAAAAUCUAGAGUUUGUGUAACUAAACAUUCUUUAUUAUAAAAACUUGUCACAGAUUUAUAACCGUUAAAAUGUAGUUGCAUGUUUAAUUUUAGAAGCACAUGUUGCUUAUUGCCAUAGCGUGCCAAAGUUCAGAUAAUUGUACCUACCCUUCUUUUUUUGAGAUUGUAAAACUACCUUCAUAAUUUUGUAAAUUUUAUUUGUCUUCCAAAAAUCGUCAGUAUUUAAAUUUCGGGGGCUUCUUAAGUUAACACGUAAUUUUUGUGGAUCGGUCGCUUUUGACGAUGUUUUGUAUUUUUUUUCGAGUUUAACUAGGAUUGUUUACUGUUACGUCUUUGUAUAUUAGUGUGAUGGAUGACGUGAAAAUGACGCUUUUAGUAAUUUUAAAUCGGCUUCGUCGAUCUAGGCUUAAAAAUUAACAUAGUCAAUUGAUGAUAAUUUCGGAUUAUGGCGAACCAUCCAUAUUGCACGCGGAUCAAAAUUGCACCGUCCAACUAUAAAUCACUAGAACAACGAAGCCGGGAUUGCUCCGUCGUCGAGCAACAAAUUGUAUACAAGCAUUUGUACCGAAUUUUCUAUACUCUAAGAUAUAUUCUAACAUCAAAAUGUCAAAUACUGAAUUUUUUAUACAAAUGUCUUUCAACAAUUUAUUCUCGAGACAUUGUUCUGAUAGUUCUAUCAAUCGUGUAUUAUGUCGCAUAGUUUUAGCCAAUUUUUCAUGUAAUGGUGUUCGCAAAGGGCUAUUAUUAGGCAUCAUUUAACAUUGGGUGUAUGACAAUGAACAAAUAGUCAAACAGAUAGACGGAAGAUCGUUAAAAACUUGCCACAUACAAAAACUGACAAAAUACAUCCACGUGUGGUCUCACGAUCUUGUUGGAAUGUUGUACGCUUAAGUUUGACAAAAGGCAUUAUAAGUUAAGGCGUCCGCGUCCCGCGUUAUCUAGAUAGUCAAAAUUUUAAAUUCAUAUCAUUAGUUUACUUUAGGUACAAUUUUCGGACUGAUUUCUUUGGCCUAUUAAGUUUUUAGACAAUUUUUUAUUAAGCACAGGUGCUGUGUUACUGCCAUUUAUCGUCCUUCAAAAGAGCAUCCGAGCAUAUUUUAGUCUUUUCGGACACGUUUUGUAAAUAACGAGAAAUUCGCCUUACGGGUCGCGGGCGGCGUCUGUACAUAAAGAACAAUAAUAUAUAAUAAUUAACUUUAGAUAGAGUAAGGUGCGCGUAUGUUUGUGUACAAUGAAAGUACGAUGUGCUUUUCCUAGAGGUGUAGAGACACCUAAGCUUACCAGUCAUGUAUAGACGACUAUUUAAUUUAACGCCGAUUUUAGUCAUAAAUACCCAAAUUUAGUUAAUAUGUUUAUCACAUUUGUAAGCAUCACACGAUGUGAUAAUGUCUUAUUUGAGUCUGUUAGUAUUAAUUUAUAUACGAGAGGUAUAUUGUGUACAUGUUGUAUUUAAGCGAUUAUCGCAGUGCAUAUGUUAGCCCCAAACCCCACUGACCAAUAAAUGACAAUAAUCAGCCUAACUUUGUGGUCAUCUUGUCUCUUGUGGAAAGUCCUAUAGAGUGCACUGGUGGUCCCUCACGUCAACAACAUCCGAAUGAUUAUUUGCGAAUUCGAGUCCAGUGAUUUUUGGUAGAUUCGAGAUUUUUGAGGCCAUCAUUGUACUCUCCGAGGUGUUAGAAGCACGAAGGAAUUGAUUUGCGAGGUGUCGGCUUGCGCGACAGUUGGUCGGUAUUUGUAGUUAGGCUUUCGCUAUCGGCUUCGCGUGCGAGUACAUUUAGACGUGCACGAAGUAAUUUUAUACCGCACGUAGGCAAAUGCGUACCUCCAUUCCCUUCCCCACCACUGCUGUCUUAGAUUUAGAUCUACAUCACUGUCUGAGCGACAAAUUAAUUAUAGAAGUACCAAACUUGUAGUUAGCGUUCACGUAUUAUGUACAUUGUAACUAAUUUUUUUUAUAUUUUACCAUUGUAUAGACCACGAACAGGUAGGUAGCAAUAUUAAGUACUAGGUGCGACAAGGUGCGAGCCAUUGUGACGGACGUGUACGCUCGACCUCUAGCACCGUUGUUUUUUUGUUAUAUAUUUAAAUAACACAAUCGACUUGUAGGUUUAAUAAUUAUUAUCAAUAAU